AUGGAUCCAAUUCCAUGGGAUCAGGUCAAGACUGGGGACCUGGAUGUCUUGCGGGUCGCACUCUUCUCGAGUUCGACCUCGCGCAGGCUCCGGGCCCUUCAAGAACUUCGCGACAAGGGGACCGAUAUACCUGAGGAAUUCCACCAAGAUCUCCUCGCCCUACUCUUCCAAACCUAUCCCCUCUACAUUGAUCGACCAUCCCGACAUGGAGUUCAACAAUGCAUCCGCACUCUUCUCCGAACCCCGAAUGCCGCGGAAUCCGUCAAAUACCUCACUCAGCAAUUAAAGGUGGAGGCCGUCAAGCCCGGUCUGGCCUCAUCCUCCGCAUUUGUUCUGCUGGAAUGGUGCUCCAUUCUCUUGCAGCAAGUGAGCGAGGAUCAGGCCACGCCGUUAUCGAUUGUGCUGGAUCUGAUCAUUGUGGAUGCCAAGGCGCUGGAGAAUUGCUUUGCGCACACACCCAAGCUCCCAGUGAAGCAAUCGGCUCUCCGGGUCACCAGACGUGCUCUCCGGGCAGUAUUCUCGUCCCCGGCCUUUGGUGAAGAGGCCAUCCGCCAGUCGGCGUCAUCUCUGGGGUAUGCGCACGUCUCUCCCGCCAGGAAACCUGUCUUGGAGGAGUCCAAGAAGGCCAUUCUGGAUUACUAUGUCAAGGAGAUCCUCAGCUCAAAAACUGUGGUGCCCGCCCACGUCGCCGAGGGAAUGUCAGAUUUCUUUACCUCGUUUGUGACAUCCGAGGAUGUGGUCACCGAAUUGGUGCCUCCAAUGGAGAAAUCUAUGCUGCGAGCACCAGAGGUGGUUUUGACUGGUGUCAUUGCACCUUGGUGUACUGCUCUGCCGGAGGAGAUUGACCUCUCCGAGGUGGUUCAGGCUCGCCUUUCAAAACACCUUCUAGCCAGUAUGAAGUCGAAUAACCCGGCCAUCCGACAAGGGGCCGCUGACUCCUUCGCAUCUUUGCUUUCACGAUGCAAGAACGACGCCCUGGUCCUAAAGAUCUCGAGUGAAAUCGUCGGUCCUUUGAAAUCGCAAAAGCUCGCCGCCCCUGAGCACCGAGUUGCGUACGCUCAAACGGUUGGCGCAAUCCCAUUCUCGGUUGAUGUCUCGAGAGAGAUUGUUCAUGGCUUCGGCCCGCUCUUCAGCAGAGAGUCAAACGAAACUGCGCUUGAGGAGGAACUCAAGGCUUUCAGCAAGCACCUCGUUUUCCUGAUUCAAUCAACGGUCAAGGUCAGCGAUGACAUUAUUAAUGCUAUGGUUAAAGGUAUCUCCGACAAGCGAAUCCCCUUUAGAAAGCUUUGGCAGCUUAAUAUCGGUGAGGUGCUCUGGAAGGCCGAUGUCUCCUCCCUGAAGAGCUCCGAGGUCGAGCAGCUCGUCUUCAAAUUGCUCGCAAAGAUGAAGGACCUGUUCAGCGAGGUCGCCUCUAACCCCCUACCCUCGGCCCAGAGCGGUGCACUGUCAUCGGCAUAUAUCUUCUUGGCUCUCUUCCACCGAAUUUCAGAAAUCGAAGGAUCAGAAAAGUCCACUUGGGAAGAAAAGGUUUCACAGGCCAUGACCAUGGGAUCAAAACCUUCAUUCCUUCUCAACCCGAAGGCCUAUUCGAAGGUGACAACACAGGCAGAGAUGCAAUGGCUCGUCCGGUCUCUGGCUGCUGUUGCCUCAAGCCCCAAGUUCACUGAUUCUGAAGAUGCGGCCAAGACUGCCUGGGGACAGACCUUUAUUUUCGCCAUCACCGUCCCAACGAUGCCCACAAACCUCCGUGACAAUGCGGUGGAAACAUUGUCCAGUGUUCAUGUGAAGGAUGUGGCAUCCAUCGGGCGCGUUGUAGUCGACGCAAUCUGGGCUUGGAUCCUCUCUUCGCGUCUCCAGGAGAAGGAAUCCGCCGCUGUUUUUGCUGGUCCUGGCAGUGAGCGUCAGCUCCACCAAGUUUUGAAGGCCUUGUGUCCCGCGUCGGCUAUCAAGGAUGGCUUGGAGAAUGUUUCUGAUCUCGAGAACCAGCUGAUCAAGAUGCUGAUUCUCAGUCGGCCAGAGAUGGUACCAAAUGCCUCCUGGAUUGGUCUAUGCCUCAAGACAGGUAUUGAUCCCGGAGACUUGGUUCGUAGCCACCAGACAGAGUGCAUCGAGCAAUUAGUCCAUGUCAACGCCGACCCCGUUCAGUCAAUCGUGCCUGAUGUGAAUCCUGCUGUUUGGGGUGCUGCGGCUGACCUGGCCUUUGUGGCCCCGGAGGUCAUGAUUCCUCGUCUCGUUGGUCAAAUUCAAGAAGAUCUGAACGGUGAUCGCCUUUCCAAGUUCACCGCGACAGAUGCCGCCAUUGCUCGUACCCCCGAGGGAACUGCCUUUAUCGAUGUUCUGAGCAGCAAGUCCAAGCAGCCUGCCUUCGACAAAAAUACCAAAGACUAUGACACUCUCAAAUGGGAAGAGGAGCUUCGGGCACAGCUCGCGGAGAAGAAUGGUCAGAAGCAAAAGAAGCUUACCCCCGAGGAGCAAUCUAAGGUCAAGGCACAGCUGGCGAAGGAAGCCGGCAUCCGCAAAGAGGUGCUUGAAGAAGUCAAGCGCAUUGAGCGAGGCGCUGGGCUUAUCCACGGCUUGGCAACCGGUCCCGCCAACGAUGCCGAGGGCUGGAUCAACAGUGCUGUCGGAUGCCUUCUUUCUCUUUCCCGCGCUGGAGCUGGCUUGUUCGUCGGUGAUAUUGUUUCUCGAACAUAUGUCACUUGUUCUAAUGAGCUAACAUCGCGCCUGGGCAACCUUCGUUCUUUUGUGGGUGUUGCGACCCUGCGAGCCAUUGGGAAGACCAACCUCCCCCCGUCCAUGGAAUUGGAGAAUUUGGGAGAGCUCGUCACUAGAAUCCUUUACAAGCUGCGAUUUACGUCUGAGCAGCGCCCUCUGGAUAUACCAUCUAUUGCCUACAUCCUGCCUCUUCUUUCUUUGGUUUUGAGCCAAAAUGGAAUCGAGGAAGUCAAGGGAGAACAAGAAGGCGAGCAAGUCCUGCUUGCCCUCGACAUUCUGUCCUUCCACACGAGUGCCUUCGCCGACACUCGUAUGCCCCGAAAUGAAGUUCUUCAGCAGCUGCUUACUGCUAUGCAAAGAUAUACUCAGCACUAUAAACUGAUCAAGGAUAUCUUAUUUAACUUCUGCCGCUGCAUCUCUCCCAACAUCAGCAGCGAAGAAUUGCAGACUCUUCUAGAGGGCACCAUUGUUACCGAUUCAUCAGUUAGAGGCUCCGUUCUCCAGGUUAUCGAGGAUGAGAUCGACUUGACUGACCUUGACUUCUCGGAACACAUCUGGCUUGGCUGCCACGAUCAUGUGGAGGAGAAUGUCGAGAUCGCGGAAACAAUCUGGGAAGAUAAUGCUUUGGAAGUCGACGACUCCUCCUUUGCCAAGAUUAUGAAGUACUUGGAUUCCAAGGAUUCUCAACUCCGGGGUGCGGCUGCCCGUGCUCUGGCUCAUGCCAUUGAAUUCGACAAGGAGAAGUUUGCCAGUAUCGUUUCUGAACUCGAAGCCAAAUACUCCGAUGAUAUCAAACCUAAGGCACCCGAAAAGGAUGCAUAUGGUAUGCCAAAGAAGGUGGAAAACGCGGAUAACUGGGAAAGCCGGAGCGGUAUCGCACUUGCGUUCAAUGCGAUGACCAGCCUCUUCGACGGCGACCAGAUUAUCGAUUUCUUGCAAUUCCUGAUCGAACGAGGCCCACUUAUCGACAAGAACUCCUCCGUUCGUGCCCAGAUGGCAGAGAGUGGUAAAUCGAUCAUCGCCCAGCGAGGCCAGCAAAAGGUUGAGGAUCUCAUGAAGCUCCUCGAAACAGUGCUGGAAACUUCCGACAAGGCUACUCAAACUUCCGAUCUUCUCAACGAGGCGGUUGUUGUUCUCUAUGGAUCAUUGGCAAGACAUUUGAAAGCCGAUGACCCUCGCUUGCAAACAGUCCUCAAGAAGCUUCUUGCGACUCUUCCUACUCCCUCGGAAUCCGUGCAGUCUGCUGUUUCUGAGUGUCUGCCUCCCCUUAUCCGACUAUCGGGACCUAAUACAUCGGAAUACGUCAAGGAAAUGCUUGACCAGCUGCUCAAUGUCAAGAGCUAUGCCACCCAACGUGGUGCCGCGUACGGCCUAGCUGGUAUUGUGAGUGGCAAGGGUAUCUCAACUCUGCGGGAAUUCCGCAUCAUGAGCUUGCUCACGGAUGCACUUGAUGACAAGAAAGAGCCUCACCGGCGCCAGGGUGCCGUCUUGGCAUAUGAACUUCUCGCCACCGUUCUGGCACGUACCUUCGAGCCCUAUGUCAUCCAAAUCGUUCCGCAAUUGCUUGCUGGUUUCGGUGAUAUGAGCAUUGACGUCCGUGACUCUUGUCUGGAUGCUUCGAAGGCUUGCUUCCAAAACCUCAGUUCGUAUGGUGUGAAGAAGAUUCUGCCUACUCUUUUGGACGGCUUGGACGAUACCCAGUGGCGCAGUCAGAAGGGAGCUUGCGAGCUCCUGGGUGCCAUGGCUUAUCUUGAUCCGCAACAAUUGGCCGCUAGUCUACCUGAUAUCAUCCCUCCGCUUACUAUUGUUCUCAAUGAUACCCACAAGGAGGUUCGCAAUGCUGCCAACCGCAGUCUCAAGCGUUUCGGCGAGGUUAUCAGCAACCCCGAGGUCAAGAGCCUGGUCAACGUCCUCCUGAAGGCUCUUAGCGACCCAACCAAGUAUACUGACGAGGCUCUGGAUGCCCUGAUCAAGGUGUCGUUUGUUCACUACUUGGACGCGCCCUCGCUGGCUCUUGUGGUCCGCAUUCUGGAGCGUGGCCUAGGCGAUCGUUCCGCUACCAAGCGCAAGUCUGCCCAGAUCAUUGGCAGCUUGGCGCAUCUUACUGAGCGUAAGGAUCUCACUGCGCAUUUGCCAAUCAUCAUCGCUGGUCUCAACCUGGCCAUUGUCGACCCUGUCCCUACUACCCGGGCCACCGCCUCCAAGGCUAUGGGUUCGCUUAUCGAGAAGCUUGGAGAGGAUGCUCUGCCGGAUCUCAUUCCCAACCUCAUGAACACUCUCAAGUCGGAUACCGGCGCUGGCGACAGACUUGGAUCUGCUCAAGCUCUUGCCGAGGUGCUUGCCGGUCUGGGUACCACCAGACUCGAGGAGACUCUGCCAACUAUCCUGCAAAACGUUUCCAGCUCCAAGGCCGCUGUUCGCGAGGGCUUCAUGACUCUCUUCAUUUUCUUGCCCGCUUGCUUCGGAAACAGCUUCGCCAACUAUCUCAGCAAGAUCAUUCCUCCUAUCCUUUCUGGUUUGGCUGACGACAUUGAGUCCAUUCGUGAGACCUCUCUGCGUGCUGGCCGUCUGCUCGUCAAGAACUUCGCUACGAAGGCCAUCGAUCUUUUGCUUCCCGAGUUGGAGCGUGGUCUUGCCGACGACAGCUACCGCAUUCGUCUCAGUUCCGUCGAGCUGGUUGGAGAUCUUCUCUUCAGUCUUACUGGUGUUACUGGAAAGGCUGAAGCCGACGAGGAGGAAGAGGAAGCCCAGCAGGCUGGACAGUCUUUGCUCGAGGUCCUCGGAGAAGAGCGCAGAGACAAGGUUCUUUCGGCCCUGUUCAUCUGCCGCUGCGAUACCUCGGGCAUGGUCAAGAGUGCUGCCAUGGCCGUAUGGAAGGCUCUGGUUGCCUCUCCGAAGACCCUCAAGGAUAUGCUGCCGACUCUGGCUCAGCUUAUCAUUCGCCGCCUUGGAUCCUCCAACAUGGAGCAGAAGGUCAUUGCCAGCAACGCCCUUGGCGAUCUUAUCAAGAAGGCUGGCGAGUCUGUGCUCUCCACCUUGCUGCCCUUGCUCGAGGAUGGUCUGCAAACCUCCCCCGAUGUGGACGUCAAGCAGGGUAUCUGUAUCGCCUUGCGUGAGCUUAUCACCUCUGCCACUCCAGAGGGUCUUGAGGACUACGAGAAGGUUCUUAUCUCUACUGUCCGUGUCGCUCUGGUCGAUCACGAUGAGGAUGUGCGGGAGGCUGCUGCCGAAGCCUUCGACGCCCUCCAACAGAUCCUGGGCAAGAAGGCUGUCGACCAGGUUCUGCCUUACCUCCUCCACCUGCUCCGCAACGACGAAGAUGCCGAGCAAGCACUGUCUGCCCUCUUGACCCUUCUGACAGAGCAGACCCGUGCCAACAUCAUCCUCCCCAACCUCAUUCCUACUCUCCUCACGCCGCCCAUCUCCGCUUUCAACGCCAGAGCCCUGGCAUCCCUGGCCGAGGUUGCUGGUUCCGCCAUGACGAGGAGAUUGCCAAGUAUCCUCAACUCUCUUAUGGACGGUAUCAUCCAGACCACCGACGAUGAGCUUCGAUCGGAGCUCGAGAAUGCUUUCGAUACUGUGUUGGUCUCUGUGGAUGAGUUCGACGGUCUUAAUGUGGCCAUGAACGUAAUGAUCACCCUCAUGAAGCAUGAUGACCACCGCCGCCGUGCCAAGGCUGCUCUUCACCUCACCAAGUUCUUCUCGGAAGCCGAUCUCGACUUCUCGCGUUACUACCAGGAUCUUAUCCGCAUCCUGCUCAUUUCUUUCGACGACCGAGACAAGGAUGUUGUCAAGGCUGCGUGGACCGCUCUCAGCGGUCUCACCUCCAGCAUGCGCAAGGAAGAGAUGGAGGUACUGGUCAUCCCCACUCGCCAGAUGCUCAAGCAGGUUGGUGUCCCUGGUGCGGACUUGGCUGGCUUCAGUCUGCCAAAGGGUAUUAUGGCUAUCUUGCCCAUCUUUUUGCAAGGUCUUCUCAACGGAAGUGUCGAUCAGCGUACUCAAUCUGCUCUCGCCAUGUCUGAUAUCAUUGAUCGCACGGGCUCGAACUCUCUCAAGCCUUUCGUCACCCAGAUCACUGGUCCUCUCAUUCGUGUCGUAUCUGAGCGUUCGGUUGACAUCAAGUGUGCCAUUUUCUACACUCUCAACAAGCUCCUGGAGAAGAUCCCGUUGGCUGUCAAGCCCUUCUUGCCUCAGCUCCAGCGUACCUUUGCUCGUGGUCUGGCGGACACUUCUAGCGAAACUCUGCGCAACCGUGCCGCGAAGGGUCUUGGUAUCCUGAUCACACUGACUCCCAGGGUUGAUCCGCUUAUUGCCGAGCUUAUUGCCGGUUCGAAGACCUCUGAUCUCGGCGUGAAGAAUGCUAUGAUGAAGGCCCUUCAAGAGGUGGUUGGCAAGGCCGGUGACUCUGUUGCCAUUACCAACGCACGACUGCUCGGCCUACUCGUCAAGGUCCUUCCGGCCGCAGCUGCAGUCCCUGUCAUUAAGAACCGCGUUCUCAGUGGCCAAUUCUCGCACGCUUCUGUUCUUGGUCUGAACGCUCUUUUGGCCGAGUCGCCCGAUACCAUGAUUGAGCACUUCGCCGAAGAGACACCCUCGAUCAUCUGCCAGGGAAUUGCACACAAGGAUCCUUUCAUUUCCGACAACAGCGUUCUCGCUGCUGGUAAAUUUCUUCUCACGGAAGAUGGAAACCACAGCUUCGAGACACACAAGACUAUCUUCGAAGCUCUGGCACCCGUUAUCCCACCUGGCAGCCCAUCCGAUACCCGUCGUUUGACGCUGGUUGUCAUCCGGACUGUGAGCCGCCUCCACCCCGAGCUGACCCGCCCUCACCUGGCCCUCCUCGCGCCCCCAAUCUUCGCCAGCGUGCGCGACCUGGUCAUUCCCGUGAAGCUUGCCGCGGAAGCGGCAUUCCUAUCUAUCUUCUCCGUGGUGGAGUCCGAUAGCGAGAUCUUCGACAAGUACAUGGCGGGUCCUGGUGCUUCGCUGCCACCUGGACCGAAGCGCAGCAUGGCCGAGUACUUCAAGCGCAUUGGUAUGCGUCUUGCCAGUCAAGCGCGUGAGCGCCGCACCGCUGAAGGUGGAGAGGGUGGACUAGGACUGUCGAAUGAUGAAGUGGAUGAUGAGAAGGAAUUGUGGAGUAUUGGCAAGGUGGACCUGGGGGAGGAUGGAUUUGGAGAUGAGUGA